GCCCAAAAUAGACACCUAGAUGUCGCCAACUGGUGCCUCUUCCGCUACGAAGUGAGGACAGACCCUGUGGGUCGCCUCAUUGUCUUCGGAACAGCGAAGAAGGACGCCGAAUGGCUUAAAACCCAUGAAGGUAGAAUCUGCUACCUUUUCAACACCUUAAAGGCCCGCGUCGGCAGAUUAAAAGACCCCGAGCAGGGUGAUGGAGCAGCCGCGGAGGGUGAAACGGCAGGGCGGAUGGAAACAGCUGAUGUUCCAACCGCUGAGGAAGAUGAGGACACUCUCAUCAACCUAGAGGCCGACCCCAAAACCCCGGCUUCGAGCAAGGAGUUGGAUGAAUCCAUCCUGGAUACACCUCCGCCCAGAACAGCAUCAGCUGAUCAACUCACCUCUUCAUAAUGGAAGGAAAAGGUGAUGUAUACAAGGCAGGUGACGAAUUAAGGGUGGUGCAGUGCAACCUACAUCAUAGUAGGGCAGCAACUGCCACCCUUUGUCGCCACCUUGAUAUGAUGAUUAACACUAUCGCACUGAUCCAAGAACCUUGGGUUUUUAAAUCCAAGGUCUGCGGUUUCAGUGGUUUAAGCGGUUCUAUUUUUAGUUGCCCUGCCACUAAUAAGGUCAGAACUGCCAUUUACGUACCAAAACACGCAAGCGCUCACCUGUUGCCUCAGCAUACAGGAAGAGACAUUACGUCGAUUAGAGUACGGUGUACCAUCAACCGAAAGGUUAAGGAAAUAACGAUGGCAUCAGUAUACCUCCCGUAUGAAGACCAGCCUCCAUCCCAAGGAUUGGAAAGGCUGGCCGAGGACGCGAGGAAAGGUAACUGGAAUCUUGUCAUCGGAUGUGACUCUAAUGCACACUCAACUGCCUGGGGCAGUGCUGAUGAUAAUGGAAGAGGUUCCGGAAGUUCCGUACAAAUACAACAGGACACCAACCAUGAACCUACUGCAGAUGAUUGGAUUUCAGCCGAAGAGAUCUGCAGGGAGGAUAAAAUACGGUGGGCCAUCAACAGUUUCUCGCCGUUCAAGACACCAGGACCAGAUGGUAUUAUACCAGCCCUUUUACAAUGGGGUCUGGAGGAUUUAGUACCUCACCUGGUGGAAAUCUUCCAAGCAUGCCUGGCGCUGCGCUAUAUACCCAGUCGAUGGCGUGAGGUCACAGUGAACUUCAUACCAAAACCGGGUAAGCUUGAUUAUUUCACACCGAAAUCGUUUAGACCAAUCAGUCUCUCCUCCUUUCUUUUGAAAACUCUGGAGAGACUGUGUGAUCGCUAUAUUAGAGAUUUCUGUCUUCCAACUAAACCAGUAAAUCCUAAUCAACACGCUUACACUCAGGGCAAGUCCACACUAACGGCUCUUCACUCAGUGACCAGCUUUGUUGGUGGGGCGCUGGACCUAAAGGAGUCCGCCCUGGGUGUUUUCAUAGAUAUAGAGGGAGCUUUUGAUAAAACAACUCUCUCUGGUAUUAACGAUGCCUUGUUAGAGCAUAAUGUUCCACCGACUCUUUGUGGUUGUAUUGAGAACACUCUUAAACAUAGGAUAGUUAAGCUUAGGGCUGGCGAUGUCAGUCUUCAAUGA